CACUCAACAUGGAAAGUUACAAAGACAGGGUCAACACACUGUUGGUGGUGGCAACACUAGUGGCCACUAUGGCCUUUGCGGCUGGUUUCACGAUGCCAGGAGGAUAUAACAGUUCCGAUGAUCCACACAAAGGCAUGGCAGUUCUCCUUGAAAAUCCUAUGUUCCACGUCUUCCUCAUAAGUAAUACCAUAGCUAUGUAUAGUUCCAUCAUUGUUGGCAUUCUUCUCUUUUGGGCAAUUUUGAAUGAUCUAAGAUUGGGUCUUAGUUCUCUCAAAUUAGCAGUACCCUUGUUGGGAAUAUCUCUUUUAAUAGUCUCCUUGGUCUUCAUGGCAGCUAUUUAUCUAGCAGUGAGCAACCUCACUUGGCUUUCCGCUGUUGUUCUAAUCAUUGGCUCUCUCUCUCUCCUCGGUCUUUCGUUACUAAUUCUUCCUCUCCUCUUCCCAAUUUCCUUGCACCAUCGCAUCUCUCGGUACAUCAUCCGCUAUCCAUUUUAUCUUUUGAUAUUAGUAAUUGAAAGAAUCAGUACCAAGGAAUAAUC